AUGAGAGCAUCGUUCUUGCUCUAUAUCUUUCUGGUCUUUGCGCUAGUGUCUGCCUCACGGUUCUCGCCCUUCGAUUCGCCCGAUUUUUGUCUGCAAAUCAUCACCCCAACGUGUAACACAACCUUCUCAUACAUUGAUACCAUCAAUGAGCAAAUCCGUCCGGUGAUUGUUAAGAUUGUGCACUCGCCAUUUUUCCGCUACUUCAAGUUUGACUUGGAUAAGCAGUGCAAGUUCUGGAAUGCCCAGCACUUCUGUGCCACGCGUAAUUGUGCCGUGGAGAUCUUGCCUACGGAACAGUUUAACUGGUCACAUGUUCCCGACGACCUUCGUCCUCUGAAGCUCGGAGAAAUCCAGAGAAAUCCCGCUACAGAAGAUGAGCAAGGCGUCUGUGAAGAUUUGGAUUAUUCUCACAUUGACGAGGGCCACGAUUGUGUCUUUGUCGACUUGAUCGAUAAUCCAGAACGUUUCACUGGAUACGGUGGUGCUCAGUCGUUGGAUGUCUGGAAAGCCAUCUACUCAGAGAACUGUUUCCCAAACACCAACCCUAUGUCCAUGUUGCCGGAUCUGGAGCCUGAACAAUGUGUGGAGAAGAAUUUGUUCUACAGAUUGAUUUCCGGAAUGCAUGCCUCCAUUGGCGUGCAUUUGUCCAAUGAGUAUUUGGACCCUACCACAGAGAAGUUCGGCCCUAACUUGAAAGUGUUUAUGGAGCGUGUGGGUAAGUUCAACGACCGGUUGUCUAACAUCUACUUUAACUACGCUUUAGUGUCCCAGGCCAUCGUCAAGUUGAGCGACUUAGUUCUGCUUCCGGAGUACAUCGAUAGCAGCAACGAGACAGUUACGCAGCUUGGCCUUUUGCAGAACGAACCUGAGGAGCCCGCCGAGUACAAUGAGUGGCUUCACACUAUAAAAGAACAAUUGGGCUCUGAAACUCUUUUCGAAGCUCACUCGCUCUUUGAUCCGGCCACUGUGGACCCCGAGUUGAAGAACGAGUUCCGGUCAAGAUUCCGUAAUGUUUCUGCCAUUAUGGACUGUGUUGGCUGUGACCGUUGCCGUAUGUGGGGUAAAUUGCAAACUAUUGGCUACGGAACGGCACUCAAGAUCUUGUUUGAGCUGGAGGACCCAACCACAAGCCACUUGUUGAAGGUGCGCCGUAUCGAAUUGGUGGCACUUUUCAACACCUUGGACAGAUUGUCCAAGUCCAUUGCAUCCAUCAACAACUUCAAGAAGAUGUAUUUACUGCACUUGGAGGAUGUCGCUGCUGGAAUCGCCAAGCACGGAGACUACGAGCCUCUUCACGACAAGGGUCUCGAGUUCCCUUUUGUCUCCAUCCAGCCCAAGACGGGCGACAAGGAAAAGAUUAAGGAGAAGGUGCAAAGUGACCAAAAGGCCGCAGAAGAAAUUUACAACGCUGAAGGACAAAUCUACAACACAAAAUCCACCAAGCAAGGAUUCUGGGAGGAGGUGGAGAAUGUGAAGUUGGCGUUGAAUUUUGUGUUGAAAUCAUAUGUUGACUUUCCCAAGAGAUUGUACCAGUUAGCGAUGUAUUAUGCUAAUGGCUGGUGGAAUGUUUACGUGGGUAAGGCAAAGUAUGUUCCACAGUCGGACUUGAAGCUGACGCUAAAAGAUGAAUUAUAG